GGGGGAGGAAAAAGAUCAAGAAAACGGAGUGGUGGAAAAAUGAGUGCGGCGUAUGCGCGGUUUGCGUGGGUGCCGUAUCGGGAGGUGCUCAGAUGGAUCUAGAUUACAUAAGGGAUCCGGAUCCACUUUGUCCGAUGUUCCUGAGAGUCAGGUACCUGCACUGCACUACACUACACUUCACCGGUACCUUAGUAGUACCUGCCUGCCUAAGUAUCAGGUCAGAGAAGGUUUGGGUCGUGCCGACAACAUCAAACAAAACCCAACAACCAGACACUUCAGACACAGGGGCAAAGUACGGAUACUGUAUUCGUACCUUGCCGGUCGGGGUGGCAGUGAGUGACCUGGGCAUCCAGGUUGCUUCGUUACCUUACAGGGCAUCCAGAAGGGGUAGGCGGACUUAUACUUGGCUGCCGAGUGUGUUGUGUAGCACGUGGCCGCUGGAGGGGCAGCUUCUCAAGGGCAGCUCUUCCUCGGACCCACGCGCCUCAUGCGUGCCACCACGUACGGAUACAGUCCAGAUAUUGUGCCUAUGCACUGCGGGAAUCUCCGUUAGCCGUUGCCGUUGGCGGGGCAGUCAUGCCUGGCCGAGAUAGGUUGAUUGCCCCUGUCUCUGAAGAAGUCAAAUUAUUGAUGGGUUCUGUCCCAGGGCAAGAGUCAAGAGUCAAGGACGGCAAGUCAAGGGUAGCCAGAGUGAGUGACUGGGGAGGGAAGGAGGGUGAGAAAGGAGGGAAGAAGGAGGGAAGGAAAGC